AUGCAGAGACGCGGCUGGAUCGGCACCGAAGUAGCGCUCGCAGUGGGCUCGUUGGUAAUAAUUUGUGUGGAGUGUGUGCGCGAAAUCUCGCGCCAAGACGCUUUGGACUUCCGCGGAUUGGCUCUCUUGGUAGAAGUGUUUGUAAGCUCUUAUGUGGUUGUCGCAGCGUUGGCGCUGACGCAAUUCCGUCAUGGAACACUAGCUCCAAAUUUUGAGGAACCGUUCACGGACGCUGACAUAGUUGACAGUCCCAAUUGCGUGGAAAUCACCGUUUACAACCUAAUUAGUCGACAGUCCCGAUUUCGCGAAAAUCACCGUUUACCAUCUGGCUCUGUCACAUAA